AUGCAAAAGUUCCCGCUGCGCCUACUAUGGCGCUACAAGGUGUUCGUGCUGAUUGGGUUUAUGAUCGUGGCCGCACAGAUAUUUCUAGCGUACAAGCUCCUGUGCAUGCCACUGACGGGUAACGAAACCACGGAGGAACGGGAUCUAAGCCGGCGGCUGUACGAGAAGUAUGUGCAAAAACCCUCCACCGGCACGGAUGGACUAAACCUGUCCAUGGGUGAGAACGAUAAACGAACGGCCGAUGGUACGGGACGGCAUGGACGAGACGUGAAGGAGGGCAAUCCGAACCAGCACGUGCUAAGGUUGGACGAGCUCGACUUUGUGCCACCGUGCGAGCUGACACGGAAGGAAACCGUAUCUGCCAUCCACCGAGCCAAGAGCCAGUCGUGCAAAGCGAAAAUUGUGGAAGUGGCAUGUGAAAUUCAGGCCGGAAAAUUCUACCCCCAACGGCUACCGAACUACUGUCCGCGAGGUGAUCAUUCGCCAAACCGAGCGCUUGGAUGCUUCCGGGAUGAGAAGAACUUCCGCAUCCUGUCGGGAUAUUAUUCCACCUUCAAGACGAACAAUUCGCCGGAAAAGUGCAUACGGUUGUGUCUACAGUCGGGCUACCCGUUUGCGGGUGUACAGUAUGGCUACGAAUGUUUCUGUGGCGACGAGCUACCAAAAGCAUCGGCCAAACUACCGGACUCUAGCUGCAAUAUCAAAUGUCCCGGUGAUCCAAAGCAAGCCUGCGGUGGAUAUUUCGCAAUCAACGUUUACGAAACAGGCAUACGCAAAUUUGCUGCUCAAAGCACCGAAACUGUUCCGAAGCACGCGGACGAAACGGUGCGAAUCGCUUUUCUGCUCACACUGAACGGACGAGCCGUUCGGCAAGUACACCGGUUGCUGAAGGCACUGUACAGUCCACGGCACUAUUACUACAUACAUAUCGAUGCGCGCCAAGAGUAUCUGUACCGCGAACUGUUGAAGCUAGAACCAAAGUUCCCCAAUAUUCGACUGGCGCGCAAACGGUUCUCCUCGAUUUGGGGCGGUGCAUCGUUGCUUCAGAUGCUGCUGUCUUCCAUGGAACACCUGCUGUACGAAACGGACUGGCACUGGGACUUUGUGCUCAAUCUCAGCGAAAGUGAUUUCCCGCUCAAAACGGUCGACCAGCUGGUUACGUUUCUAACGGCCAACCGGGGACAAAACUUCGUACGCAACCAUGGCCGGGAGGUUCAACGGUUCAUACAGAAGCAGGGCCUGGACAUGACGUUCGUUGAGUGUGACAAUCGGAUGUGGCGCAUCGGUGAUCGGACACUCCCGGCCGGCAUUACCAUCGAUGGUGGUAGCGAUUGGGUGUGUUUAUCGCGCGACUUUGCGCGCUAUGUUACGGGUGACGGUAACGCACACCGGGACGAACUGAUACGUGGCCUUUUGCGUGUGUUCCAGUACACAAUCCUACCAGCGGAAUCGUUUUUCCACACGGCACUGCGUAACUCGCGCUUCUGUCACACCUACACGAACAACAACCUGCACAUGACGAACUGGAAGCGUCAGCUCGGUUGCAAGUGCCAGUACCGCCACAUCGUGGACUGGUGCGGCUGUAGUCCGAACGAUUUCCGCACCGAGGACUGGGAACGGUUGCAGGCCAGCCAGCACAAGAAGCUCUACUUUGCCCGUAAGUUUGAAGCAAUGGUUAAUCAAGCGAUCGUGCUGCAGCUUGAGGAGUGGAUCUUCGGACCGUAUCCGGCUGACUAUCCGAAUCUACACUCGUACUGGCACAAUGUGUACCAUCACGAGGACUCCGGAUCGACGGGUGUUGGAGCACUGUUAAACGUAGCGCACAGUUUGCUCCGGGUGAAUGGACGCACCAAUCCAGUUCAGUUGUACGAACCGCGCCGGAUACGGGAAAUUACGCACUACCUCGAGCGGGACACGUACCGUGGCUUUCUGGUACGUCACGAAGCAAUAGCGCUUGAUGGGACGGAAAACGCGAUCGAGCUCGAAACAUGGAUAUCUCCUGUCGUAACGGCAAAGGUGACCCGAAACACACCGCUCGCGCGCCGUCUGAUCCAUCUCGAGGUCAGUACGGACUAUGACGAAAAGGAACAAUUGUCGCGCAACUUUCCGCGCAUCAUCGGUACCAACGCGGAACCGGCACUAAUUUUCCGGCUCGCCGCCCCGCUCGAAUCGGAACGGAUAAAGGGAGCGAACGCGACUAACUAUUCGCUCACCGUCGAGUGGAUCGAUCCGCUGGGGACGAUCGUUGCUUCUAGUCAUUUUACGAUCGAAGACAGCCCGAAUGGACCACCGCAUAGUUUUAAUCAUUUUUUGAAGGGAAGCAAACUUAAGCUACCGCUAGCGGACGGUAUUUGGGGUGCACGGUUACUGCAAGGAAAGGUUUUACUCGGUGCAACACGAUUUCUUGUUGUUGCAGCGACUUUUCGUGAGGCUAACGAACAAGCGGCCGAUGGUGAUGAUCAUGAGCAGCACACUCAUCGACAGAUUAUGCCAUUACGCCGUAGUUCGAGUGGUGCCAAUACGGCCACUAGCAAGAUCCGAGCAAAGGAUCGUAAACAAAGCCCGGUGGGACAUUCUGGUGAUCGUCAUGAUCGGAACGAUCACUGGCAGGAUGGCGAUGAGCAUCCAUUACAGCUAGACAAGCUGGUGGGACAGUUCUUUGCCAUCCGAGAAACCUGCGCAGUGAUCGCUUUCGGUGAAGAAAGAAAGCGAUCGGAGCAACAAUUUGACGAUUGUAAAUCAACCAGCUGGAGCAGCUUAGCAACGGAUCCAAAGAGUGAUAUCUACGUCGAAUCAGAGACGUCAAACUAG